UUUGCUCGAUGGUAACGAACCAUGUUAAAUAAAAUUUUUAAUUGGUCAUUUUGUCUGUACGUCUACGUGAAAUGGACAUCGAUCUUUCUUAUUUCUGAAAGUUUCGUAUCGGCAAUGUCGGCAAAUAGACAAAGUGGUGAAGGGGAAGUGCAUUUAGAACAAAGGCGACCUCUAUUGUGGUAACGGCUGCGCAUCGAACUAUGUAGUGCAUUGCUGUCGAAAAUGGCGUCAGGUUCGGAGCUGCCAGAAUAUUCGUCUCCAGAAAAACGACGAAAAGUCGACAGCAUCGGUUACGUCGGUGCCAGCGGUGCAAAACUUGAUUUCCAAGGUUACGAUACAUCGCAAGCCACUCCAAAUGAAGAUAUCGAAGAUAUUACAAAUUUGAUGACAACUCCAUCCCGAAUCGAUUCGACUAGCGAUGAUACUGGAUGCCAAAUUGACACUGCAGAUGAGAAAGACGAAGUAUCGUCAACAGUUUCAAAUUUGUCCGAAUUAUCCGGCCUGUCUGAUUUUUCUGGAGAAGGAGAUGCCAAUCAUCAGUGGAAAAAUGCAUCUUCUUGGGUUCAGAAACAAAUGUUGACAGGUGCCGAUCCCCGGGAUCUUCUACAUCAUCUUUUGAUGGAUGCUACUCAAAUUCCAGAGCAGGUCGAUGAUCUGACUCUUUGGAAGAUUAUAAUAAACGUGAUGUCCGAACCACCGCGUCGACAAAAGUUAAGACAUAUUAAUACUUUAGCAGAUGUGGUUAGAUUAAUAUGCCAGAGUAAUAAAAUCAUUGUCUUAACCGGAGCUGGCGUAAGCGUUAGUUGUGGUAUUCCUGAUUUCAGAAGUAGAGACGGUAUUUAUUCCAGAUUAGCACAAGAUUUUCCGGAUUUGCCUGAUCCACAGGCUAUGUUUGAUAUUAACUACUUCGGUCAAGAUCCGAGACCAUUCUAUAAAUUUGCGCGGGAAAUUUAUCCUGGACAGUUCAAGCCAAGUCCUUGUCAUAGGUUUAUAAAAAUGCUUGACAAGCAAAAGAAACUUCUAAGAAAUUACUCUCAAAAUAUUGAUACGCUGGAACAAGUGGCAGGUAUUGAAAAUGUAAUCGAAUGUCACGGAUCAUUUGCGACUGCAUCCUGUACCAGAUGUAAAUAUCAAGUAAGAGCAGAUGAUAUUAGAGAAGACAUUUUUGCCCAGAGAAUACCUUUGUGUCCGAAAUGCAGAGUUAACACUUUACCUUCGAUAUCAGAGAUUAAUUGCAACGAAAGUUAUAAAGAUUUAGUGACACAAGGCAUAAUGAAACCAGACAUUGUUUUCUUUGGUGAAGGACUUCCGGAUGCUUUUCACGAUGCAAUGGCCAAAGACAAAGACGAAUGUGAUCUUUUAAUCGUAAUAGGAUCAUCGUUGAAAGUUCGGCCGGUAGCGUUAAUUCCUUCCUCUAUUCCGUCUCACGUUCCACAAAUUUUGAUUAAUCGUGAAUCAUUGCCACACCUAAAGUUCGACGUCGAAUUGUUAGGAGACGGUGACGUUAUUAUUAAUCAAUUGUGUCAUCUGAUGGAGGAUUGUUACAAGGAAAUUUGUUGGAACGAUACAGUUCUUAAGGAAGCGACACAACUUUUACCGGCGUGUUACUUAUCGGAUGAUGCGUGGGAGCAAAGUCAAGACACAACAUCGAAUACCAUGUUAUCGCGAGAUAGUAUGGAGACUGAUUUUAAAGCAAACGAUUCCUGCUCUAUCGAAAGUGAAAGUAACCAUGUAACGCACGAUAAUGCCGUAGAACACGUAGAGAUCUCGCGCGUCUCGCCUUUUUGUAACAGCCACGCAAAUGGCACGGAGGGUACAGAAAACAAGUUUACUCUACUGGGGGAGAGUCCAAAAAGAAGAUUGGGUGAAUCGAGUGUAGAAAGUAGUCCAAAGAGAAUGAAUUUUGGUAGUAGUACGACAUUAAAUUUUAACUCGUCCACAUCGGGGUCAGAAAUUCCUAAUGGUUCGAUUGAUUAUAAACUUCAUGUCGUCUCAAUGGAAUCUCUGUCAAAAGAUAAUGGGAAAGUUUAUAAUUUGGAAGAAUGUCAAGUAUUUCCAAGAGUAACAGCAGAGAGUUGUUCGGAGAAUACGACGUUCGAUUCUAAAUUAAAAUCAGAUAAUUGUAUAGAAGAUACGGGGUUAUUGAACAUAAACGACGAUCGCAUAGCAGCAAGUACCGUUGAAGUGGAAAAAAUUAAUUUUAAACCCAGACAGGCAUCUAUCGAUUCUGCUUUGGACUCUGGAAUAGGUGAUAGCUGCAAUAGCGUUGACAGCCGCGAUGGAAAAAAUGAUAAAGAAGAAUUAAGCGGUGGAGGAGGAUUAAGUCGAAAUUAUUGGCAGCCCAAAGUUCAGAAAAGUCUUGCUGUAAGAUUACCAGAAAAUUCGUAUUAUCAGUUAGCACCUGGAAAAUACAUAUUUCCUGGAGCGGAAGUAUAUUUGGAUCCCGAAGAUUAUGAUCACUGUUCUUUUUCCAUAAAUUCCGAAAGUUCAGAUAGCGACAGUGAUUCCUCAUCUAUGGAAGAAGAAGAUGACGACGACGAGGAAGAAGAGGAAGAGGAGGAGGAGGAGGAGGAAGAAGAGGAGGAGGAAGAAGAUGAUGAUAACGAUAAUGAUAAUGAGGAGGGAAGAGAAGAAGGAGAAGCGAAUGAUGGUGGUGGUGAUGGUGAUGGUGGUGGUGAUGAUGACGCCGUUGACUACGAUAAUGAUGAUGACGAUGAUGAUGAUGAUGAUGGUGGUGGUGGUGGUGGUGGUGGUGGUGUACAAACGGUGAAUGAAAGGGCGAUGAAGAAAGAUGCAAUGGAAGAACAGGAAGAAAAACAGGAGGUGAAAGUAGAGGGGAAAAAAGAACGAAGAGGAAUGAAAAAUGAAAAUAAAAUGCAAAAGACGAGUAAGUUUCAAAAGCGAAAACGCUUUUCAGAAAAAUUAAAACAUCCAACAUGAUCGCUAAAUGAUGAAAAUCAACUCGGACCGGGGUGACAAAUAUUCAAUAAAUAUACACAUCGAAGUAAAUGACAGUUAUAAAGGUGUAGAAUUGUGUGAAAUGAACAAAUCUCAAUGGUGAACAUCAUUAAGGAUAAAUAGCAUUUAAAGAGUGGCAAUUUGAUUCUUGUUACUCUCGUUGAACUUUAACGUUCGCUAAGACAAAGAAUAAACAGUUGGAAAAGAGUGCAAUUUUCACUAAUGUACAUUACACGUAUGCAUACAUGCCCGCUGAAAGGUAAUGAGCGCUUGUAAAUGCAAUUUAAAUCUAUUUUGACAAAAUUUUGUUAACGAAGCAGUAGAGAAAACAGUAUAACUGAUUCAAUUUUUUUUAUCUCUAUUAAUCCUCUAUCUAAAGAGAUCUUUCCAAAUGUACAAAUGUUACAGAUACGUAUAACUAACGCUCCCGUAAAAUAUUUCAUCAACUUUUUAAUAAGACUAAAAAUUUUUAACUUUUUUCCAAAGAAUAACAGCUAAAAUAUAAAAGAAAAAAUCCACGACUAUUUGUUCAUAAUAAAUACGAUAAAUUCUUGUUUUUUCUUACCGUAUUGUUGCACAUGUUAUUUUUAUUAUCGUCGUUUUCUUUAUUACUUGCUAAUAUUACAAAAAAGUAAAUCUUCUGUAACAAAGAAGUAACAUUAGGGAAAAGAUUUCUAUUUGGUUGUAACUUGUAAAUAUUCUGUCAAAACAGAUAGGUUAAAUGUUGAGAGUAUUGUGCAAUGAUAGAAAGAUAGAAAAAGGAAAAGCAGGUAACAUUUCACGCUUUUCAGAGAAAUCGAUGUAAUUAUAAAAAGUGAAUUUUCUUCGGUUUGAAUCUUUUAUAAAUCUAAAUAUAUACGUUUACGUGUAUAUGUAGUAUAUACACAUAUUUAAAGUUAAUUUUUGUAAAAGCUAUUAAACAAGUCGUCCUAAGAUAAAGUACACGAUAAAUGGUAAAUAGAAAAACAUUUCUCGUAAACGAGAGCCAAUAUAAGCAAAGGAAU